UUUCCCUCAACACGAAACCAUUUGAAAUCUCUCUUUCUCUCUCUAGAUUUUGUUGCUUUGUCCAUCUCUUUCUCUGUCUAGAUUUUUCGCAUUUUAUGUAUCGAUUCAAACGGAAUUGCCAGAUAAUAGAUUGGUGUUCGAUUUGGCUCCCAGAUUCAAGCUUCCGUGUCGUGAAAUGAAGAUUGAGUCUUUCAGUUAUAGAUUCUAGGGUUUCGAAAUAGUUCUUCUCCAAUGGCGAUUAGAGGCGUAGAUUUCAAGUGGUACGAUGGGUUCUUCUUAUCUAUGCUUGCUACAAGUAUAACCAUUGUUGCAAUCAAUUGGAAGCGGUACCAUCUUUGUGCAUACCCAUUGCACAUAUGGAUCGUGGUCGACUACACCACAGUUUUUGUUUUUCGGCUCUUGAUGUUCAUAGACAAUGGGCUUUCAGCUGGAAUGGGAUUGGAUUUUGGGUGGCAGCAGAGAUAUGCGCGCUUUUGUGGAAGAAUAGUGGUGCUUUCGAUACUUUGUCUGCUACUUUAUCCGUUUCUUUGGGCUUGGACUAUUAUUGGUACCUUAUGGUUCACUAAGGCAAGAAACUGUUUGCCGGAAGAAGGUCAGAAAUGGGGAUUUCUUAUUUGGUUGCUUUUCAGCUACUGUGGACUCCUUUGCAUUGCUUGCUUGUCUUUCAGGAAGUGGUUAAUGCGAAGACAAGCUCACAUGCUACGUGCUCAACCGGGGAUUCCUAUUUCAGAAUAUGGGGUGUUGGUUGACAUGAUCCGGGUACCAGAUUGGGCAUUUGAAGCUGCUGGCCAAGAGAUGAGAGGGAUGGGCCAAGAUGCUGCUGUAUACCAUCCAGGGCCUAACUUGACUCCAACUCAGAGAGAAGCAGUGGAGGCACUCAUUCAGGAACUUCCGAAGUUCAGGUUGAAGACUGUUCCUACGGAUUGCAGUGAUUGUCCCUUCUGUUUAGAAGAAUUCCAUGUGGGGAAAGAGGUUCGUGGCCUUCCUUGUGCUCACAACUUCCAUGUGGAAUGCAUUGAUGAGUGGCUCCGACUGAAUGUGAAAUGCCCCAGGUGCCGUUCUUCGGUCUUCCCAAACCUUGACCUCAGUGCUCUAUCUAACGUCCAUGCUGAUUCUGAACGUUCAUCGGCCAGUGUCAUGGCUACAACCAGAUAUGUGAGAACCCAACCACCCAGCCAGAGCUAUCUGUUGAGAUUGCAGGGUUUGCUCCGUUCAGUCCAUACAGAAAAUGCAGGGUCAGGUGCUGAUGCAGAUGUUACCUUGGAAAUGGCUGAGAAUGGAGGUCUGCCAGUGCAAGUCAGAGCCGCACUAACCUGGAACCGGAACAUCUUAUUUAACGUGUACAUACUGUUCACUCCAUCCCACCGUAACACUAGAUUAUUUCUUGGACUCUCUCUUACAGAUUUUACUUCAUAUUCUAACUACGUGUUCUUGGAGAAGCUAAAGUUAAAGAUUGUCCAUCCCUGGUCGUUGCUCCAUAGUUUUACUGUUAAUUCAUCACAAAGAAUUCCAUAGUUUUUGCUUGUAAUGUUCAUGGACAAAAAGUUGGUACCUUCAUUUUUCUUUUUCCUUGUUUCUUUUUUUCCAGCCCGUGGACUUCGAACCUUGUGUCAUUAUAUGAUUCAUUGGGACCAAUGAUCCGGGACCGUACAAAUAAUUUCAUAUAGUUCAAUUGUUUCUUUUCUAUCUUCUAAAGUAUAACAUAUAAGACUCAAGUUGUGCUAGUGAUAACAAAAUAAUGUGAGUUCAAUGCCAUUGAUUCCAUUUUUAUAUAGUUUUCUCAAUUUUUUUAUUUUAUUUUUUUCUUUUUUUUAAUUAUUGUUAUUAUUAUUAUUUUUGUAUGAAUGUUAAAUUUCAUAGUGGGGAACAUAUAGCUCUAUCCAAUUUGAGCCCAGUGACACAAUAUUCUCUAUCAAACACCAAGAAAAUUAAAAUUGUUUAGAUGUUGGAUCUUCAGUUGAAGUUGAUCAAACACAAUGAAACUCCAUGUUCUUAACUGAGGGAG